CUGCUUUUCAAGAGCUCUGCAUUUGAGGUAGCGUCGGUGAGACAGUGGUUCCUGCAAAUGCCAACUUCAGAGAGAGAGGGAGCGGGAGAGUGUGAAAAACUGCAGAUCAGAGAGCAGACAAGGGUGAGAGAGAGAGAGAGAGAGAGAGAGAGAGAGAGAGAGAGAGAGAGAGAGAGAGAGAGAGAGAGAGAGAGAGAGAGAGCUAUGUUUUGAAUGUUCAAAGAGAGAAUCAUUGGUGAGGUGUUGCACCGAAACAUUAGGGAAUCACUGGACGUGCAACACCCUCAGGGAUAACCAAGGAAGAUUACUGGAACGUCAGAACAACGCUAGAGAACAUUAAUGGAACAUUCUGAGGCUGUUAGCAUAUAAUCAGCAGCCUUUGGAUAAGAACCUCCUUCGAAUACAUGCGUACAUGUGUGUGAGUUUCCAUCUGUGAAUGUGACGCUGAAGAUGAGGACCUCGUUGGACAGUCAGGAUCCCAUUUUCUUCUUUGAAACAGUGAUUUUUCCUGUAGGGGAACUGUGAGGAACUCAGUGGAAUCAUGGUUUAGAUCUCUUCCUUACAUAUUUCCAUGCACACGAGGGCAAAAAAAAAAAAAAAAAAAAAGGCAACACAAACUGAUCCAGAACUGCUUUGGUACUCUCUCUCACUUGCGGAUUGGUUCUGGUCGGGCAGAGUGGCAUGAGUGUGGGCAAGCCCCACCGUUACAACAUCGUGUCAUCGUAAGAGGAGGACGUGUACCGGCACGGCAACAUGCCCGCCCUCGGCAACGGCUUUGGUAAUGGCAAAGUCCAGACACGCCGAAAGGUGCGGAGCCGAUUUGUAAAUAAAACAGGCCAGUGCAAUGUCAGUUUCGCUCAUAUGGACCAGCAAUCUCAGCGCUACCUCGCUGACAUCUUUACCACCUGCGUGGACAUUCGUUGGCGCUGGAUGUUUGUCCUCUUCUCCCUUGCAUUUGUCCUGAGCUGGCUCGCAUUUGGUUUCGCCUUCUGGCUUAUUGCGCUUGUCCACGGUGACUUAGACCGGCCCAGUAAAGAGGACUUCACUCCAUGUGUCAUGCAGGUCAACAGCUUCGUUGCGGCGUUUCUGUUCUCAGUCGAGACGCAAACCACGAUCGGCUACGGAUUCCGCUGUGUAACAGAGGAGUGUCCCUUAGCGGUGUUCAUGGUCGUCUUCCAGUCCAUCAUGGGCUGCAUCAUUGACUCUUUCAUGAUUGGUGCAAUCAUGGCCAAAAUGGCGCGACCUAAGAAACGGGCACAAACAAUACUGUUCUCACACAAUGCUGUCAUCGCUAUGCGUGACGGGAAACUGUGUCUCAUGUGGCGGGUCGGGAACUUGAGGAAAAGUCACAUUGUAGAGGCUCACGUGCGGGCGCAGCUUAUUAAGCCCCGAAUCACAGAAGAGGGCGAGUACAUACCGUUCGAUCAGAUCGACAUCAAUGUGGGCUACGACCAAGGUCUCGACCGCAUCUUCCUGGUUGCUCCUCUUACUAUCCUCCAUGAGAUAAACGAGGAGAGUCCUCUGUAUGGAAUUAGCAAGCAGGACCUGGAAACAUCUGAUUUUGAGAUUGUGGUCAUACUGGAAGGGAUGGUCGAGGCGACUGCGAUGACGGCUCAGGUGCGCAGCUCCUACCUGGCCAGCGAGAUCUUAUGGGGCCAUCGCUUUGAGCCCGUGGUGUUUGAGGAACGCAGUCAGUAUAAAGUGGACUAUUCACACUUUCAUAAGACCUACGAGGUUUCCUCGACGCCACGUUGCAGUGCCAAAGACAUGGAGGAGAAUAAAUCCUUGGAGUCCGGAGCCAACUUCUGCUAUGAGAACGAGUUGGCCUUUAUUAGUAGAGAUGAGGAGGAGCAAGAUGAGGACACCGGUGAGAGGGGCACUGAGCUAGAGACCCUUUCAGCCAAUCUGAACUUCGAUCAGAGGUCAUAUCACAAAGAAUCUGAAAUAUGACCCUUUGCUUUAUCGUAGACCUAUUCUUCUAGUGACGGUUGUAACAGUUAGCUACAGAGCAAUGUAAGUGCCAUAUGAAUCCUUGACCCACUGAGCCAUGCUGUAGUUGGGGGCAGGUCAGAAAAAGAAAGUGCUUUUUGUAGAUGGAUGUUGGAAAUGAGAGGCCUUCCUGUAGGAAAACUUGAAAUCUGAUUACCUGUUUCAUACUCUAGUUUGACGUGAUAGCUUUAAGUAGUAUCAUUAUGCAAUACUAAGCUAGCCUGGGUGCCAUAUUGACUAAAUCUCUUUUGUUAAGAAAAUUUGCACAAAAUAGGUUAUUAACCACUAGCCUGUUUGAUUGGAUAUAGAGUAGAAGAUGAUACACUCUUGUUUUGGUGUGAUUUACAGCAAUAAAAGACUUAUCUAUGCUCUCCAUCUUCCACUGGUUUUUCCCACUUUACGUCAAAGCAAAGACUGCAAUGCCUGAUAGUUUUAUUUUUACCAUGUAAUGAGGUACUACUUUAGAGGUGUGUGAAAUAUAAUUAACACCUACAUAGACACUGAAUUAGUGAGCAAAAUGGUUCCCAGGCUAGUAAAUAGCAAAGACACAAAGAUAUUUAUUCAUUAUUAGAAAGUGAGUAGAAAAAUAUAUUCUAUGAGUAUGUGAGUUGAUGGAGGGAAGGUAAGGCAUGGUUUUUUUUCACAGCAUACCACACCAUUCACAUUCAUGCUCAGGCCACACACACACACACACACACACACACACACCCUUGAAUAAAACUGCUUGUAUACUUACAAUGACAGCCAGAGGAAAAACAACAUGUUUCAUGUUGCUUUAAUGCCAUAAUCAAACUUGUAAGUUGAAGUUUCUACAUGUUGUAGCCAAAUUUUAAAGCUCUGAAUCAAGUCAUUUAAAUUAUUACAUGUUUUGCUGAAGCAACAGUUACACUGUGCUUGUGUGUGUGUUUUAUGAGGUAUGAACUUUAAUAUGACCUUUCUUGUUUGGUGUUUCUUUCCUCAGAAUCAACAGUUGCACACUUGCGAAUGUGAAAGAAAAUGAUCAAUACUAAAAGCUAUUUUUAUGGUAGAAGCUAAAGAAUGAAAAGCCAGUAUAAGAUUUAGGGCACACUGCGAAAAACAUUUUCUUCAUCAGUAAAUUCAUAUUGUUUUCCAGUAAAGAAUAUACUUAAGAAAAAUAGACUUAUUUAAAUAUUGUGAUAAUUUUACUUUAUCUCAGUAGUAAUAUUUCUAAAGCAUAAAUUUAGUAACUUAAAUAUUUCUUAUAAGCAAUUAGCCAUGCAUUUUUCAUCUCACAUGACUGAAACUAAAUUUGAAACAUUCAGCAUAAUACAAGUUCAUGUAAUUCCACUCGUAAACUAACCUCAGAGCUUGCAGAAAUCAAUUUCAACAUGGAACUAACAACAGACCAACACUAACCACCCACCUCUGCUAUCUUACAUCAUAAUUAGUGAUCGUCGUGACAGUCUCCCUCCUUUUCAAAAUCAGAGCAAAGGGAAUAGGAGAGGUGAGAACGAGAGCCAGAGACAAAGAAGGAACAAAGGAGAAAGUGUUCACCCACUCACCUCAUCCUUCACUUUGCUCCGUGGGAGCAAAUAAAUGUGCCUGAUUAAAUAAUGAAUGCAUUAUAUAUGAUGAUUUAAAUAAAUUAAACGUUUCUUCAAGGUAGAUUACAGCCAAAGAUGUCCUCUUUCACAGAAAGAGAUGAUCCUCUCCAUAUAAUCCUUUCCAAACAUAAAGUACUACAGUAAACUAAAUCAUGAAACCAUCAUACAGUCGAACAGUGUAUUGUUUUUAAAAUGCUGUCUGGUUAUGAAAGGGAAAUGGAGUGAUUAUUCACACUAUUUUAUGCAGCAGCACGGCUGUUUUCAGGUCACGUCCUCAUAACCUCUUCAGAUGGGUUUCUGAGGAGGAAAAUGAGUCAGCUCAUGGUGAUUUCAGCUCUUCAGAAAAGGUGGCAAGACAGAUAUAAAACAGCAAGGCACUUUGUAGCAAAUGAGCUUAGCUCUGCAGGAAGAACUAGGUCAUACCAGUUUAAGGUGCUCAAGCUUAUUUUUGUAUUGUGCUAGCUGUUUUUUGCUGGCCCAAAGAGAUAACCAGCUCUAACUACAUUUACCAAUUUGGUCUACAUAUCAAAACCAAGGUUUCCAGCAGGUUUCCAGCUUAUCACCCAAGCAGCUUGGGUGAUUUAAAGACUAUAAAUGAUCAGCUGGGACCAGAAACCAUAUAAACCCACCAAUGACAAGAUCUGAAAAAACACUAAAGACAACAGGGAAAUUCAAAUUCUGAAAUGCAAUAAAAAUGUUCUUCUCAGCAAGAGGAUCCAGAAGUGUACCUUAAUGAAUUAGAACUGCCUGCCAUAAAAUACAGGAUCUACAUUCUAUUAAACAAAAAUGAAUGAUAAAUAAUAAAUAAGUGGUGAUGUGUAACUUUGUGCAGAUGGAUGUUAAAGUGAAGGAUACUUGAGGAUGUUUGCACCAAUGAGUUCUAGGUAAAUAGGUGCAGUGUUUUACCAUUAAAUCUCACCAUCAGCUGCAUGACGUUUUUUCAAUUAGCUCAUUUAAACAUGGAGAGGAAGAAUUAGGAAAACAAUUCAACACUGGCAUGAGGAUACAAUUAAGAAGAAUAACAGUUAGUACAAACAGAUGAAUCAUUUUCUGUCAGAAGCUGUGUAAUCUAGCAUGAAACAAAUGUCACUGUAACGCGAGGGAGUGAAGUGCGAGUAUCACCACAAUCUAAUAUUGAACUGUAAGCACAAAAAUGACUAAGAAAGAGAUCAGAGCGAAACCUAAUUUGAGCAAUAGAUGUAGUUCAUAUAUGACUUUACAAUUGUAAAAUAUUCAAAUGCUGUGUUAUAUAACUAAUCUUGUUAUCAAGCUAUGGGUCUCCUGCUGUCUGUCAUCGGAAGGGAAUCAUAAUACAUAAUCAUGGUGAUAACUGUAACCACGGUAACGGUCUAUCUAUAAUUACUGGAUGUAUAGGCCUAUCUAUAGAUCUGUUUCUGUCGUGUUCCACUGAUGCACCAUCAUGCACCUUAUAAUUACAUCAUUUAUUUUCCAACAGUUUCAUUAAUUUCCUCUAAAUUCAACUAAAUUGAAUAAUAAUGUAAAUCAAAUAUUCAGACCACAGACUUUUUACAUAAAACCAGGAGGGGAACAUGCAACCGCGAGUUCGGCAUUUACACAUCUACUCAAGCACUCCUUACAUAAUCCUUAAAAAUAGCAAACAAUUUAAAAUCAUUAUCAUUCUAAAACUAUUUAAUGUGAUUAUUAUUUUUUGAUAUUGAGCCCAAGGCUUUUGAAAAGACAGAACAAUCAACAUGUACAUAGCAGCAAAACAGCACACCAUGACGCGGACAAUUUUCUUAAUUUUACAACCAUUAAACCUGUGUCAAUCUCACCUUCAACUGCAUGAAGUCUUAAAUUAUGAAAUAUUAAAUUGUGAUUCCAGUACUGUG